AUGGACAGCUUCCUCCUGGCCGUGAUGGCCAUUGAUCGGUUCAUGGCCAUUGUCCACCCUCUGCGCUACUUGACCAUCAUGAGUCCCCGUGUGUGUGGGCUGCUGGUAGUGGGGUCAUGGCUGAUCACCAACCUCCAGUCCAUUGUCCACACCAGCCUCAUGGCUCAGCUGACCUUCUGCGCUGGCUCUGAAAUCCCCCACUUCUUCUGUGACCUCAUGCCCCUGCUGAAGCUCUCCUGCUCAGACACACACACCAAUGAGCUGGUGAUCUUUGCUUUCGGCAUCAUCAUGGGCAUCAGCCCUCUCACAUGCAUCCUCCUCUCUCAUAUCUGCAUAUUCUGGGCGGUCUUCAGGAUCCCUUCUGCUCAGGGCAAAUGGAAAGCCUUCUCCACUUGUGGCUCACACCUCACUGUGGUGACUCUAUUCUAUGGCACCAUCUUUGCCGUGUACCUGCAGCCAGCAUCUCCCACCUCCUCGCAGAAGGACAAGGCGGCUGCCUUGAUGUGUGGGGUGGUCAUCCCCAUGUUGAACCCCUUUAUUUACAGCCUAGGGAACAAGGACAUGAAGACAGCUCUGAGGAAACUGGUCUGA